UUCGUCAAAAUUAAUGGAUGGUUUCACAGCGAUCUAUUUCACUGUUUACUUCACCACCACGAGGAAGGAAAGGGCGAAGAAAACGCAGAAAGCACACACGGGGCUGUCUGAUGUACGAUUCAUUUCCUCAUCCCUCCCUGACUCCACCCUCCAUUCACUCCGGUCUGCACUCUGAUAUAGUUUGUUAUGCUGCACACUUGCUUCAUCGCUCUCAUCGUUGUCACACUGGAUGCGUGCCACCGCCUACACCUAUAAAUCUCGCCUAUUGGUAAUAAAAAAUCAAAAGAAGUCACCGCCAUGAAGACUCCCAAGUCAGGACGGGAAAUAAGCAAGAAAUGGCUGGAAUACAUAUUGAGAGAACACAAGGCAGCCACAGAUCCAUCUACUAUUCUUCAGGUGGAUAACUUCAACGUCAGGAAAGAUCUAGGUGAUGGUUACAACUCCCAAGUGGUUUUCUUUACUGUGGAAACAACAGAGAAGAACGGGACCGACUCCCCUGAUGUGAAAAAGACCUACAGCUUGGUGGCAAAGCUUCUCAUUGAUGAAGCCGGAAGCCGUGCUUUUGCUAUAAAAUUCAAGGUCACCUUAAAGGAAUACCUGGUAUACACAGAUCUUAUUGACAAUUUUAACAAGAUACUCGCUGAGAAAGCACCUGAAGAGCCUCCAAUCUCACUCCCGAAAUUAAUCUACGGAAAAUGCGCAAAGAAUGACUUUGUUUUAGUCAUGGAAAAUUUAGAGAAUAAUGGGUAUGAGAUGAAUAACAAGUGGAAUGGGCUUAAUGGUGAACAGCUGAUGGCUACUGUAAACAAAAUAGCAAGGAUUCAUGCUAUGUCUUAUGUUUUCUGUGAGACGUCAGACAUCAGUAAAUAUUCAUGUUUGCCACGUGUUGAUCAGUACAUGGAUACCUUUGCUGUAAUGUUAUAUGCAAUGCUUGAAAACACUGCAGCAUUCCUUAAAAGUUCUAAGGAAACAGAAGAAUUAGGUAAGAAGAUUGAGUUAAGUAUGACCUCUCUUAAAGAAAAUUUUUUAAUAAUGUUAAACAACUUUUUAAUUAAAUGCUUAGUCCAUGGAGACUUUUGGAAUAACAACAUCAUGUUUAAGUAUACUGACACUCCAGAUGAGCAGAAAAUUAUUGAAGAUGUAAUGGUUAUUGACUGGGGAAACUGUUCCUGGGGUGCUCCAUUAUUUGAUCUGCAAUAUUUGAUAUACACAUCCACCCAGCGCAGUGUCAGAAAGGAGUAUCUUGACAAAGCACUAAGCCAUUACCACUCCACCUUCACAACGCUCACCACCAAAUUUGGUUAUCCUCUCUCUAACUGGGGCCUCACAGAGUUAAAGGCAGAAUGGGAGAUGACAUAUGCAAUAGGUUUUCUAUUUGGCUGUACACUUGUACAAGGCACUCUGAGCACCACAAACCCUUUUAGUAAACGCCAAGUUUCUGAACCUUCUAUUCUCGACAAGCCAUUCCUCCUUCCAGUCAAGGCUUCAUUGGAUGCCAUGAAAAUGGGAAUGACCAAAAUGUUCAUGCCUUUGAUGUUUACCCCACAAGGAAAGAAGUUUUUCAAAAUGGCAAUGAAAAAGGUAAUGAAACCAAUCUUUGAGGAACUUAAGUCAGGCAAAAAUGAAGCACUGAAUACAAGAGUUCUUGAUUUAGUUUAUGAAGCUGAUGAAAAUGGAUUGUUCUCAACAUGAUACCCUAUUUGCAUUUCAAGAACGAACCAUAUUUUACAACAAAACAUGUGACUAAAAUAUUCAUGCUCAUUAGACCAAACAAGCGAUAGUUCAUGGCUUCACUCCAAUGGUAUUCUCAAAGUUUUAGUCCUUUCUCAGUCUAAAACUCUAAGCUGAUCAUCAUCUCAUGAACUUUUGGCACUGAUUAUGCCAAAUACAGUAGUAAUGAUCAGUAACUUUGCAAACCAGGUAUCAUUUGGCUGCUACAAAUAGUGAACAUAUGUGUACAUACAUACAUCUUAUGAAUUACACAACAGGAGCAGCACCAUCAGAAAUACUGGAUAUGAAAAAGUACUCAUUUAAAUAUGUAUAUAUUUAUGAGCUCUAUCUUUUCAUGUGAGAACACUGUGAAAUAUAAAGAAAAAUAUGAUGAUAAUGUAGUUAGCAAAUAGAUAGAAAGACAAGUGGAGUAGCAGCUUACUUCAUCGUCUAGAGGCAAAGACCUGCUGUGGUCAUCCAGCACAUGUGUGACUGUUCAAAGUAUACAGCAUUGCUUGAUGUCUAGUAUACAUACAUAUGAAAUGCAGCACCAGUCUUUAAUAUGCAAAAGCUUUCUGUAUUUCUUGAAAAUUCCAAUACAUACUUCUAAAAUGCAUCCCAAAUGUCAUGCUGUUACUUCAAUGUAUCAAAGCCUCUACAUCUGUGGUCUACGAACCUUACUGAACUCUAGGGUGCACAGUCAGUACAAUCAGAUAUCACUGUGCUAAAGAUCCUGGCACAAAUGUAAGCACCAUGUCAACAAAUGAACAAAUAGUAAGUAAAUACAUGCACAAAAGUGUCAAUUCAAUUACUAAGUCUUUACAAAAGAUGACAUAAAAAAAUUAAUAAUAAAAGAAAUUGUAUAAGGGAAGGACUAUGUUGCUGAGCCCUAAGAGAAUCCUGGAGCACGAAAGAGUCCUAAUUUAUAUGUGUAGUGUUAUAAUUGUUUAGCUGCGGGAGAAGUCUACAGUGAAGCUGUGGAAGAACCUACAUCAAAUGUGGAGUUACAUAACCAAAAA